UCUGGAAUAAUCGAUGAAGAUAUCAACGAUAUCAACAGGAUGUUGCAGCAAGAUAAGAAUUCAACCGAUUUUAAUAUUAUAACACAUAUGACACACACACAUACACAAAAUAUACAACCAUAUACAAACAUGCAAACAAAUACGAACAAUUCUUCAUAUACAGUAUAUACUCCACACACACAGACACAUACAAACACAGCAUAUACUCCACACAUUGAGACGCACACAAAUAUUGCACACAGACAGACACACACAUACACAUCUCCCAUAGUGACACAAGACAUGCACAACACACUCAAAAUUUCACAGUACGCACUGAGUCUGACAAAAUGUACUAUACUAAUGAUAUUUUGUCUCAGCUGCAGGACACCUUGCCUACGCAACAGGAUAUAUCUUACCAACGUGAGGAGAGCGAAGGACAUGCUGUCUGUCAAGCGCAGAAUAUCUCGUUACAAAAGGAAAGGACAGAUAAUAAGAAAAUAGAAGAACGAUUGAAGAUUAUGGAGGACCGAUUGAAGAUUAUGAAGACAGACAUGAAGAAAUCGCAUGGAUUGUUGCAGAAAAUAUUGAAAUGCGUCCAGGAUCGCCAUUCUGCGCCACAAAAGCCGGCUGUAUUACCCAUUUCAACACUACAACAGAUGGACGAAUUCGAAAAUUUGACCGAAGAAGACUAUUCCGAUGUUGUUAAUUAUUUUCAUUAUGUCGGUGGCUUUCACUUAAAGGAAGCCAUCAACCUGUGUAUAAAAGAAGGCUUAUUCGACUCGCUGACACAGUCGUUUACAUGGUUCGGUCGCGAGGAAGGACGACGACCGUUGUACAAUACUCGACUGGUCCAAGCGAUUUAUGAUGCCUUGUGCAAGAACCGGCACUUUGACAGACCACUUAAAUCAGAAUUCCAGAUGCAGAUGCGGGAAUCUCUGCGUGUAGCAAAGGAGAGACAUCGGAGCAGGAUACGUGGUCACGCAGACGAAACAUCUGCGCAGAAGCGAACCAAAAUUUAUGGAAUGACAAGGCAGACGAGGGCGACGUUGAAGCAAGCGACGACGAAUAACAACAUUAUUUAAAUGAUCUAGGUCUGGUACAAGCCAAUGGAACAACGCAGAGACAACGCGAUGAAGCAACGCAGGGAGGACGUCCAGGAAGGUGCAGUGGAGGAACAGAGGGACAGAAUGAGAAGAGGAAGAAGAAGGAAGCAGGAAGAGAUAGGUGGAGAGGGGGGAAGAGAAGGAGGAGAAACCGGUGGUUGGUUUCUCUCUGCGUCGUCAGACGAACCGGCACUUUUCAGUGCCUAUUUUGAUGUCUUAAACAUGGGAACCUGUCGUGUUCGAAAUACAUGACACGGCGCUUUUUAGCGCCGCACCGAAUAUAAUAAAAACAUCACAUUUCGUUAAACAUACGACGAUGUGCGAUGAAAAAAAUUUUCUUUUUUUUAUUAUUACAAUGACACAAAUUGGAUAAUACAAGUUGAUAAAUUAAUGUGUAUGUAUAUUUUUCAAAGUAAAAGAAGGAGAGAGAGA